GUAAGUCCUUGUUUCCGGGGGAAGCAUAUAGAAGCAACACUCGGCAAUAAGCACAGUGGUGGUGCUGGUGGCAGCUCCGAGGUAGCUGUUAUCGGUUUGGAAGACAAACUAUGGAGCUGAUAUGGGACGAGUCCCCUCAAAAUGGUGUUGUCGGGUUUUCUAGAGAUCUGUAUGAUAAGUAUACUUUGGCCCCUAACAUAAAAGAGCUUUGGGCCAUAGCGCAAAGCGCUCUAGAGGUAAGCUCGGCAGGGACCACCGAAGUGAAGAAGGAGAAGCCGGCGGAAUUAGCCACUGUAACAGAGGAGCCUUCGGCCACGAACGCGAAGGACAGCAGUGACGGCGACGUUUACCCCGAGCCCAGACUGCCAUUCCCUCGGUUGUCCAGCCUGACCUCUAAGGAGCAGAUGCUGUAUUUGCGAAUGUUAAUGAACCUUUACCCUACAAACUCCUUCCCGCAAUUGCAAGAACGUGUGAAGAGUGAAGUGGUCGAAUUUAUGAAGUAUUUGCAGGACGUGUCGCGACUGUGUGCGGAGGAUUACAGUUACCUGUGUGAAGGAGCCGCUCGCUACGUCGAGGAGUAUCUGAGAGCUAGCAUCGCCAAGGUGAGCAGUUACCCACAGCUUUAUCACAUCCAUGAGAUGACCAGCAUCACAGGGGGCAAGUUCAACCCCGAUCUCUCCCUGAACUUUGAGAAGCAGCUCCUCGUACUGGGAAAAGUGAACGUCAUAGAUGUCAAGAAACAGCUACCAAAGGACAUCCAGCUUGCAGUGGACUAUGACACAGUGGCGUCUGAGACUCCACCAGACAAGAAGGCCAACCAGGCACACAUGGACAUCAGCUGCGACGCGAAUGCGGAGAAGCUGUGCGCUCGCUACAAGCCUCACGUCUGCCUGAGCAGCGCCACGCUGCUGCGGCUGCUGGACAACCACGGCCCCGAGUACAGUGAGGCGUGGGAGCUGCCCGUGUGGGUCAAGGGCGCCACUGCAGCCAGCGGAAGUGGCUCCCAUAAAGUGGUGUACGUGGACUCCCCCCUGGUGAAGACAGAAAUAACGCAGAGGGAGAGGAACACCCUUUUCCAUGAGGAGAGUGUGAAACUGGUACUGAGGAAGAUGUCCUCGCAGAAAGCACUUGUGCUGACCCUGGAACAGCCUUCACCUUCAGUUCCGUUAGAAGAGCGAUGUCCCAGAAGUCUCCUCUCUUUCGACGAUCCCGGAAUUAGCUUUGAGGCAGAUUUUAUAGACCUGGAGACCUUUGGUGAAUCUUCCUCUUCCUCCAAACGUACGACAAGCGUGAGGCGGAAGGCUACGGCCAAGCAGGAGGUCGCUCGCUCGCAGAUGGCGGCUCCCCAAAAACGUGGUGCGUCUUCCAGGCCUGCAAAGGGCGUCCUCGUUCAGGCCGAGUCCUCCCAAGUGGUGAAGGAAGACGACGACUCCUGGAUGGAUCUGGAGUCUUCUACAGUUGACUGCUCUCUGGAGAAGACAGAGUUGAACGUGUCUGGGUCAGGGCUGGACAUCCCUCCGGUGACCAAGCAGCCCAGACAGGAUGGCGCUGAACCGACCAGCUUGGGCAGGCAUGCUUCUGACAGCGAUUCUGAUGAGGAGCGCCUGAUCAUCGACCAAGGUCCUGUGUCACUCAAAUCCCCCCCAAGAGGGACAGCUGCCCCUGCAGACCACGGUCCUGCAACCCCCUGGUCCCCCUCCCCAGAAAUGGACGGGACCACAAAGCCUAGCCCUGCCUCACCGUUACCCCAGGGAUCUACAAAGUCUGCAAGGAGGUCAGAGGUCAAACCGCGCCAGAACUGUGAUCAAGUGGGCCAGAUCUUGCGUAUGCAGAGCGCCUUGCUGAAACCCAGUCCGACUCAGGCUCCCGAACCCAUGUCCCCACCCCCUCUGGCACCCAACAUCCCCCCCAGCCAGAGUCACCCACAGUCCCUGGUGAAGCCCUGUGUCACCUCCUACCUGGAGGCCAAAGAGAGUCCGGGCCGGAGGGGUGACCCAGCCGUGAUGCCUACACCGGCCGAAGCCCCGACUAGGCUGCUGCCCGAGGACCUGCUGGAUGUGACUGAGGAUGAGCUGGAUUAUCAGGAGCCCAAGGAAGGGAACCUGAUCUAUAAGAUGUACAGCCUGCAGGAGCUGCUGCUGCUGGUUCGGAGCAGUGUCCCAUUCGCACGGCGCACCAAGCUGGGCCGAGGUCCCAAUAAGACCGUCCCCGUGCACGUUUUGGCCAAGCUGGAGUACCAGGUGUGCUACGGCGUGGAGUGCUUCACCAAGAGUGAGCUGUGCGUCCUGUGGGCAGAGCAGCUCCAGCAUUCCAGCACCUCGUCCUACGUGGGUCACAUCAAUGCACUCACAUCCAAGCUCUUCUUGACGGAGGAGUUCACCAGUGAGAGGAUAAAGACCGCCAGCUGUGAAUUCCGGCCAGCCACCUGCCUGAACGUGCUGCACCAUUUGCUGGAGAAGCUGGUCAGCCUGUCGGAGGGGAGGUACCUCGUGAGCCACAAGGCCGGCGAGCCCAUCAUCACCAUCGCCAAGGCCAGUGACGGGAGGAAGAGCCUGCGAACCAUGUACAACCUGCACCAGGCCCACGGCAGCCUCCCGCAGGCUCCGCCCCAUGGUGCUGUUCCCUGGGUGCCCGUGGACCCCUCCCACCUGCUGUCCUUCCAUGUGAAGCACGAACGGGUGCCAUGCACCUUCCCACCACAAGAGAGCAAGCCUGCCAACAGCCAUGGCACCCAGCCCGCCGCAGGGAGUGCCACGUCCACAGGGGGGGCCGGCAAGCCGGGGGCACCACCUACUGGUGGCACCGCGAAGAGGAAAAAGAAGAGCAAAAGCGCUAGGCGUUCCCAGAAGUGGCGGGAGAAGAGGAAGUUACAGCAGAAGGGGGGUGUGAGCGCACAGCGCACCCCCCCAGCGAAAAGUCAAGGCCCUGCAGCAAAGAAACAGCAGCUGAAGACGUGACUGGCGGGGGCGGUGUGCCACGUUCAGUGGUGACCCCCGAUCUGGGUUUGGGUCCAGGCUGCCUUGUAAAUAAGACUGAGUUUAAUCAGUCUUGUGUUGUACUUAGGCUUUUAUUUAAGGUUUGUAACAUUUUCAGUGUGAGUUUUGAUAUUAAAAUGAAUAAAUGCUGAA